AUGGACAGCCCAACAAAAACCAACGAUGAACCGACCUAUGAGACUACUGAUCACACCAAAAGCCAAGAAGCAGUUGAGAAACUGACCUCCUACCUCUCACUUACAACACAACUGGAUUCCGAGUCACUUCUGAGAUUGCAAGAAGGACAAGUUGCUGAGCGAAGAACCGAAGAACUUGAACAGAUCGGCGAGGGAUUUUGCGCUACCAUAUACGACUUUGGGAGCACCGAUCAAGUUAUCAAACAGGCGAAAGAGCUGAGGAAAUUUCCAGAACUACUGGUCGACUACGUCGCACAUCAGAAGGUCUAUGCCGCCGGCCUCCAUAUGGCGUUACAAGUCUGCAUUCCCCGUCCAGCGGAAUUCGUCAGACCUGAACAGCUCGGCGAGUGGUACAAUGAACAAAGAGCAUCGGGUAAGCUUCCGGAUGACCGAACCCUCAUCAGCAGGAACAUGGCGGUCCUCGUGUCUGAGAGAAUCCCAGCACUACCUCUGGAGAUUCGUAGAGCCCUCAUCGAAGUUUUUUGUCCUAGGGAGCAGAGAAUAGCAGCUCGUGUUAUUCAAAGAAACAAUAACUGUCUUUCCCGAUUGUAUCUGGGCCGGCGUCGACAGAAUACCAGAGUCGAGGGAGGAUUCGAGCUGCGCAACUUCGAAAUGACCUUGGAUAAGAUGGAGAUACUCAACCUCGAUCCACUUCAAUAUGUGGCACCAAUGGCAGAAGCCUUAGCAUUCAUGCACUGGGAGACCAAGCACGAUGCAUUCGACGUCGAGUUCGUCCUCGCCUCAUCGCCCAAACCAACAACUCAAACCGCGGAGUGGGCAUCAGUCAAGACAACCCGGGAGCCUAUCGAAGGAUCUGAAGUUCAGCGAAAGGCUGUGCAGGUGUGGCUUUUAGACUUCAACCAGGUCGGAGAGAUCACAAUGGACAACAAAGGAGUAGGAAGAGCAGUGAGAGGGUUCUGGGAUAAUGAUCCGUACUAUCCUAGGCCAACUUUGGAGGAAGACUCGCACACUACCGAGGCAAAGCUGUGGCGCAAGUUCAAGCAGGUGUACCUGGCGACCUCAUCAAAAAUCUUGAAAGACGAUGAAUUGCCCACGACCUUCAUUGAGGCGGUCGAACUAGAAGGCAAGAAAAGAUUGGUAUGCGCUCCCGUGCUUCAGGGUCCACCGAAGGCAUCGGCAGUUGUGACUAUGCCACUGCGAUCCAGUGGUAAGAAGAAGCAGAGGAGUUACGUUGACUUCGAUGAGUAG